CAUUGUUUUCUGUGAGUACCUUGACGUCUUCCGUCAAAGAUUAAAAUGCAAAUAUUUUUCUAGAUUCUUGAAAUGUGAACCUGAUUAAUUUAUCGACGUAGAAGGUUGUAGUCCAAAUUACACUCGAUUUCCUUAUUACACAACUAAAUAAAAAAAAUAUUGACAAAACGGCCUGAUCUUCUGAAAGCCGGAAAGCUAUGGAUAAUGUAUGUAUUGUAGCUGUUUUUUAAAAUUUAAAUUAACUUUGAACAAUAAUGUCUUCUCUACCGCAAACCGUCACUGCUUUCGUCGGUGCUGCAGUCCUGGGUGUUGUUAGUGCUGCGGCAGUUUACGUUUUCGAGCAUUAUCGUCAGGAUAAGAAUAGACAUGCUAUGGCACAAGAUCUUGUUCGGUUAGACAACGAACUGACCAAAGUACGGAAGGAAUUGGAGAAACUCAUGCAGAAGCAGAGCGAAAGGAGUGCACGAGCCAAACGUGUGAAAAAUCCAGGAAAAGCAAAUUCAGUCAUCACUUCUACUACAUCAGAAUUCAUGAGUACAGGUGAUCUUGAAAGCUCUGAUUUGGAGUUCUACGAUGUGAGUGAUGAGGAGUCGAACCGCUCAAUGUCUAAUCCAUUGGAGAAGGCGUUGAAAGACAUCGAUAGUAAACUGAACGAAGGCUUGAACUUGAGCGAGUGCUUGGAGAAAUUGGAGGAUUUGUGCCUAGAAUAUCCGGAGAAUCCUCAGUUGUUGUGGAGAAUAGGAAAGUGUCAUAAUAAGAUCGUAGAUACGUUGAAAGAUGAUAAGGACAAAAAGAAGGAGCAUAUUGAAAAAGGGCUCGAGGCAUGCAGGGCUGCCCUCAAACUCGAUCCUAAGCUAGCCGACGCGCACAAAUGGAUGGCCAUCCUGGUGGGGGCCAGGAGCGACCUGCAGCCCAUCAAGGAGCGCAUAAAGGACGGGCAGCUGUUCAAGCACCACGUGGACGUGGCCAUCUCCAUCGAUCCAGCGGACUCCUCCCUUCACCACAUGGUCGGCAGGUUCUGUUACGAGGUGGCCGGUCUAAAAUGGUACGAGCGAAAGGUUGCUGCGGCCCUGUACGCCGAUCCUCCAAAGGCCACUUACGAGGAGGCCCUCGAUCACUUCCUGGAGGCCGAUAAGAUAGCCGACCACGACUGGAAGGAGAACCAACUGUGCAUAGCGAGGUGCUACAUCGCUCUGAGUAAAUACAAGGAGGCUUUGGAAUGGCUGGAUAAGGCUGCGAAGGUGCAGAGUACUGAUGCUAAGGAUGAAACUGUGGACGAGGAAAUCAAAGCUCUUCUGAAGAAGUAUUCUAGCCAUAGAUAGGUAUUUUAACCAAUUUUUGUUUGUUUUGUCUCCUAAACCAUUUAUGUUCUCGUAAACAUGUUUCAAUGUUACUUUAUUUCGUGGUAAAUAGGGAAUUAUUUUUAAUAGAUAAAUGGAAAAAUAUACCAAAUAUGACUCUACCUAAAUUGGUGAAUAAUGGAAUUUUAGAUAUGUAAAUUACUGAUAAGUACCUCAAUAUUGUGCAUUUAUUUUUAUUUAUUUUAGUGUUUUCUCUAAUGUCAUUGUUGAAUUUAAUAGUAUUCAGUCUUUUCAAUGUUACGUUUUAAUAUUGAAGUUAGAUUGAAUUAUUUAUUGACGAAUUUUAUUGUAAAAUGUCUUAAAGCUCUGAAUUUUAUCUGUUGAUCCUUGUUAUGUAAUAUUUACAUUCCACAAGAUGAUAAUAGAAAGUCCGAAUAAAAACAUUCUAUUUCAAACAA